UUCCUCUCCCUUUGCAAAGCUAGGAGUGGAAGAGCCGUGCAAGGAAAGAAAAGCCAAGGCACCGCUGCGAUCCCCCCUGGCGGAGCUACCCGGGUGGCUAGCCCAGCAGGAGCUUCCCAGUGCCAGGCGCCCAGGGUGUCUGCUGCUGAUGACAUGCAUUGUCCAACUGAGGAACCUUUGUGUUAGUUACCUAAAGGAGUGCCUGUUUGGAGAGACACAGGAAGGGUCUGCCAUUACCUUCUAAUAUCAGCAUCAGGGUGGAGACCAAGGCAACUGACCCAAAGACUCCCAUCAGCAACACUGGAUGAGAAUUCUGCCAUUGCCUAGAGCUCAGUAACUCAGUUGGCAGUAUGGAUUUUGUGAUGAAGCAGGCCCUAGGGGGAGCCACUAAAGACAUGGGUAAAAUGCUAGGGGGUGAAGAGGAGAAGGACCCUGAUGCCCAGAAGAAGGAAGAAGAACGACAAGAAGCCCUGCGCCAGCAAGAGGAAGAACGCAAAGCAAAGCAUGCACGCAUGGAGGCUGAACGGGAAAAGGUCCGGCAGCAAAUCCGUGAUAAGUACGGCCUGAAGAAGAAAGAGGAGAAAGAGGCAGAGGAGAAGGCAGCCAUGGAACAGCCAUGCGAAGGGAGUCUGACGCGCCCCAAGAAAGCUAUCCCAGCAGGCUGCGGAGACGAUGAAGAUGAGGAUGAGGAGAGCAUCCUCGAUACAGUGCUCAAGUACCUGCCAGGUCCACUGCAGGAUAUGUUCAAGAAGUAACAGCCACGCCAGCCCCCAGC